AUCUUCUCUGUUAUUUCUCAUCAUGUCACUGAUUCAGAAUCUGUGAUACAAGACAGUAGAUCAGAUAAUCUCUCUGGUUUCUGAACCACAUGUAGCUGCAGGUCACAAUAAUACAUAACAAAUAUAGAAUACUUUUAAUAUGAAGUACUUAAUCAGAAAAAUGUGCACAUAUUAAGAACAUAUAUAGUUUUCAUAGUUACAUUUUAAUUUGAAGCUCCAGAACUCUCUUUAGAUCAGACUAUGUCGCAAUAUUUUAGUUUUUGUGGCACAACUUGUCAAACCUGCUCAACCAGUUGUGAAAGUUAAAAAAUAUAUAACUCCAAAAACUAAUAACACUACAUGAGCAUAAAUGCAGUACCUAAUAGAAAAAGAAUAACAUACAAGCAUGAUAUGUUAAUAAAAUAAAUAAAUAACAAAUGGUUAAAAUAUUUAUAAUAAUACUGCCAAUAAUUCUGAGGUAGAAAUAUUACACAUGAUAUUAAAAUAUUAUAUGCUUAUUGUCGAUUUAAUUUGCCUAUGAUACUAUUUCAGCGUUUUUUUUAUCGUUUCCUUCUUCGCAUCUUAUAUUUCAUAUUUAUUUCAUAUUAUAUUUGACCAGUUUUAUUAUAAUCUUAUUAUGAGUCCGUCCUGAUGCAGCGGCUCCGCUGUGCCCUCUGCUGCUGCAGUACCUCCUGUCCGCCGCCGCGGCGCUGUGACCGCGUGCGCCUUUAAAUCUGUCAGUGAAGAAGCAACAGCAGCCACAACAAUAAUACAGCGGAGCUCCAGCGGCUGGAAACCCGCGAAGAGCCCGAAUUCAGCGCUCGAUUCUCGGUGUGAGGACCAGCGACGGGCCGCUGCUGUCACCAGGAGCAGAGAGAGAGUUUACGGAGCGGAGUUCGGGCGCCAUGUUCGUGUGUGAGCGCAGGUACCAGCUGCUGUCGCUGUAGGAGGCGGAGGCUAGCUGCUGCCCCGUUAGCUUGUUGACGCCGAGCCGCUCCUCCGUGUCGCUCCUCCGGUUCAUGUCACUGAGCUCCGGCACCGCGGGCCGCCAUGGAGAGCCUGUACAAGCGGAAGAUGUUCGCCUCGAUGCGGAAGACCAAGGCGGCCGCGUCGAAGAAGCGACAGAUCGGCCUGCCCGCUUCCAUCCUGGACGACAGUGACGAAGGCUCCUUCUCCUCCUCCUCCUCCUCCUCCGUCGGGUCCCAGUCCGACUUCCAGAGCUCCCCGGAGGAGGACAGCGAGCAGGAGGAGCGGGACCGCAGCGAGUCCGGGGCCACGUCCAGCGACGACAGCCGAUCCGUGACCCGCAGGAAGCGCUCGUUCCUGGGCGGCGACGACAGCUCGUCCUCGGAGGAUGAAGAGGACGACGAGGAGGAGGAGGAGGGCAAGAGCCAGCCCCGGAGGUCGGUGCAGCCCCGGAAGAGGAGCCGGCUGCAGCGGCAGGACGAGUCCGACUCGGACCACGCCGAGGAGAAGCGGCGGGAGGAGGCCGAGAAGGCGAAGCGGAGGCAGAGACACAACAAGCUGCUGGCGCUGUCCCGGAGGAUGAAGGCCCGGGUCCCCAACCGGCGGAGGAGCCGCCUGAAGCAGGGCAGCGGAGACGAGGACGAGUCCAAAGAAGCCGAGGACGAGGCUGCUGGAGGCGAAGACGGAAAGAAAGGAGAAGACGGCGGCAAGAAGGAGUCGGCAGGAAGUGACGAAGGAGGGAAAGAGGAGGAGGAGAAAGACGAGGAGGAGGAGGAGGAGGAGGAGGAGGAGGAGGACAGCGAGAAGGAGGAGAAGGAGUAGAUCUGUCUGAACGUGACUCUCAGCUUUGUACAGUUUUUUCUCCUGCAGCACUUAGAGAGCGGCUGAAGGCUGCUGCUGUGAUUGGACAGCGUCGGCCUGGAAACAUGGAGGUCCUGGAACGUGUCUUUGAACUGAUGGAUGUUGUGAAGCUGCUUUCGUUGGGUCCUGCUGAUCUGCUGACACGUUUGUUCAGAGCUCACGUUAGCGUCGAUCCUCUGACAGGUGGAGGAAGCGUUUAGCUGCCAGGUGUGACGUGGAACACUGAACCCAACGGAGCGAUGUGGAGCAGAGACAACCUCCGUCAGAACCACAAAGCGUCUGAACAGCAUAUUUGCUUUAUUACCUUUAUUUUUGGGGUUUUUCUGUUAGGUGUGGCGACUGAUUCUAAUUCUAGCAUUUAGUGCUUCUCAGUCAGGAUGAACAAUAAUCAGAAUAUAAUUAAACUGUAACAGAAGAGUUGUAUGAAACUCAAAGCAGCUUUUUAGAUGAACGGUAGUUCCAUCUCAAACCAGCGAGCUUUUACAGCAGUUUUUGUGUGACCAGUUUGAAUAUUUUUUUAGCAUAAACUACAGAUAGUUAUAAAGAUAUUUGUGAAAUUCUAAGUUGAUAAAUCAAACACGCUCCCAGAUAACGUUUUUUUUUUUUUCUUUAAAUCACCCGUCGACCCACUUUCAUUGAGUUUU